AUGGGCUCAAGCAAUAAGAGGAAGAAGGAGAAACAACAAGAUUUCAAGAAAACGAAAUUGAAGGUUGGCAAGGCCAAGCCGAAGCCUUCGAACUUCACAGAUACCAGUUUCAAAUCCAAGGCCAUUGCUGUCGCGCAGCAGUCCUUAUCCGAGACUGCCCCAGAUGCUGUUCAAAAAUUCAAGCACAAUCUUUCUCUUGCGGCUACCUCAAAUUCAGACAGGCAACGACGGGACGCGUUAUCGUUCCUUACAUCCCAACUAGCGGCUGGGGCCUCCAACAACCCUGUUGGGACCCGCGAAGUCUUGGUUAAGCUUCUACCUUUAGUUCCUAACACCUCUACCCCCGUGCGAGCUCAACUUCUCAAGCUCCUCCGAUGCCUACCAGCCGAGGAAGUGAGAAUACAUUCCGAAGAAGCGCUGCGGUGGAUUCGCGUUGGUAUGACCCACCUAUCUGCCGAAGUCAGUCUCGAUUCCCUCUCGGUGCUUGACUGGCUUCUGGAUGUUGCCUCAGACGAGGCCGUCUCUUGCCCUGGAGGCUGGGUGAUGACGUUGAACAGCUUCUGUGCUAUGAUGGGGUGGUCCACGACGGGGAACAAAGGCUGGACUUCGGCUCCAAAAAUUGGCGUACGGACCAAAGAUUCCGCAUCGCAUGCCCAACAACUCACAAUACUGGCCAAGUUCUUGGCAGCUGGCCUCAAGGAAGAAGAGACUGUCUUCAUCCAUCAGGGUCAGUACUGGGACCGAUUAUAUCGACUUGAACGAUCUAGAGACCCGUUCGCGUACCUCAACAUAUAUGGAAAGCGCCGUGAUGGAGACGGGGAGAUGUACCAGGACAGAGAAUCCAGGCAACGAGCAUUCCAGAAGCGAUACGCCGCGCUUGUGUUGGCUGGAGUGGACCGGGCCAAACGCGAAGGCGGUGCGCCUGGGCGAGCAGCGGCUACUUUGGUGCAAGUUCUUCGGGAGGGUGCAGGCGACACAGAUGUAGCUGAUGCGGCAGAUGUUGAAGAUUUGCUCGAUCUUUGGUGA